CGUUUGCCUCUCACUGGUUAAAGAUCACGGUUAAUAUGUUUCCUCAAAGAGUAUCAUGAAAAGUGGAUUUCAUCCGACUUGUUUCCAGUUUAUUUGCAUCCGCAUGCGUCCUAAAGGCAAACUACGGAGGUAGACGUGUGUAGUUAAGAGUGUCCAGAGUCAUGAAACUUAGUCCUUGUCAAGCCCCAUUAUAUGGCGAGUGUGUUCUAACAGUUCAGCUGUGUGAUGAGGCGCUCGGUGAAGGAGAACAGGGGGAGGUGCAGUUCUUCCUGUUGUUCACUGGCUCUGCUCAGAGACAUCUUACCAGCACACUGAAGGUCAACCAUGCCACCCUUCAGGCUGUGUGUCCAGCUCAUAACUGCUGUGAGCGGGUGCUGGUCACCCUGUGCUCAAUGGGACCAGAUGGUACCAUUCAUACUCUGGCUACCGAGCGCAUGCACUUCGUACAGGACCUGGCCUUCGACAUGGCCCAGUUCCUGGUGAGCACGGUGGGGCAGACAAACCUACUAGAAGAGGCUCUGCUACUGGACGAGCAUCAGAUCCCACUGCAGGAGUGUGAAAAGCUGGACCAGAAUCUGUCCCUGGCCCUCAAACAUAUCACGCUGCCCCCUGGCUGGAGCCUCUUGAGCAAUAACAAACGACGGGAACCUCAAGAGACCCUCCUUCACUUUGCAGCCCGCCGCGGGCUCCUCAGAGUGGCCAGUUUUCUCCUCAAGCAGCCAGGGGCCCGAGAGGCCCUCAACCUGUGUAACAAACAGGGCGCCACACCGGUGGUCAUCGCCCAGAGUCGAGGAUAUGCAGCUCUGGUGGAGCUCUUCAGCCUGGAGGAUUUGGAUACAGAUGUUAAGACGCUCAGACAGGACUCCUCCUCGAGCAGUUGUGUGGUACAGCACCACCCCUCUCUGAACACCUACACCCUGUCUUUGGGCACCGAGCCGGGCGGCACACCACCCAACAUACAGGCCGACAUCCUGGAACUGCACAGACUGAUGCUUUGCCAUUUUCAAGGGAAGGGAGGAGUUGCCUUUCAGCAGAGCUCAGACUCUCCGAUCAUUGCCCAAGAAUGUGAUGACGACCUGGAGACCAGGGAUUGCUGUUGUGAAGAGGCACCUCAUGACUCCCUUGAUACAAGAGAACGAGAGUUCACUUCUUUUAACACAGAAGAAAACAAAGGACGUAAUGACCGGCUGGAUCCCUCACAAAACAGGGAGGGUGACGGAGCUCCCUCGCUCAGCUGUGAAACUGCCCCGGCUCUCCUACACAAUGGAAAUAGCGAAGAUCACCGGGCGUGUGCUUGUGAAAACAGUGAGAAUGAUUGCAGAGAGCAAGAGGAGCGUUCAACUGCUGGUGUAGUUAGUACCGGUGACGUUGGAGAUAGUUGUGAUGGUUUGCAGAGUGGUUCUGAGGGCAUAGUCAACAGAACCUCUUCCUGCGGAGAACAGAAAGAGGAAGCUGAUAAGGCAGAUGACUUAAUCUGUGAAGCACUGGGGGAAAAUCAGGAAAAAGGACACAACUCUGUAGAGGAGAACGUUUCGGAGGAGAAAGAGCUAUCUGAACGUAGCCCCACCGUUGAGGAAGGAGAUAUGGGAAUCACUCAGUCUUUGGACACGCCAGAAAGCUCAGAUGUUGGAUCUUCUUCUCUAGGCACUGAGACUGAUGCUGAGGAAGAGGAUGGAUGCGGAGAUCUCACAGAAUCAGAGGAGGUGCGAGAAGAAAGCAAGGAAGCACCGGAUGUGAAUCCUGAUGGAGAUACACCUCUAGAUAGCUCACACCAAAUUUUGGUGGAAAAUGAAAUGCAUGCUUGUCGAAGCGUUUGUGAAACAACUGGUGACCUAGGAACCCUUAAACUGGUGGGAGACAAUUGUGAGAAGAUCUCGUGUGGUGUGGAAGGUAGACGAGAUCUUGAACCUCCAGGAACCUUUGAUGAAGAAGAAGAAGAAGAGGCUGAUGAGGAGUUUCAGGAGAGUCUAGAAAUGCCGUACAUGGAAACAGAUGGAGACCAACAGAACAAAGAACUUAGUGAUACACCCUCAAGGAUUUCAGUUGCUGAAGAUGAGAGCGUUUUACACCUGCGUGAAUUAAUUCAAGAGCUGCUGCCUGUAGAACAACCAAUUCUUUCAACUGAAGACGUAGUGGUGGAAGGAAGUGAACUUAGUUCUUCCAGCGUCUUACAAACUGAGCUCAAUCCAGAACCUGGAUCCUCCGCAGCAACUAGUGAGGACACCUUAGAACCUGGAGAUCUAGAGGUUCCUUUAGGUUCUGGCUGCGAGGUGACGGAGAACGUUCAAGGGAACCAGAACAACAAACCCGUUUGUGAAUUUCUUGAUUCAGCUAUUCCUACAGAUAUGGAGAAAGUGAGUCUCCGAGAUGACUCUUCUCAGGAUCCCAGACAGGAUAUGACCUCAAACAAUGAGGUCAUGCAGGACACAGCAGAAAUAGACCUUUUAGAAGAGGAUGCGGGUGUUGUUUUUGUAAACACAGACGAAUCUGGAGAUCAGUGUGUCUUUAAGUCAAAUGAGUUUAAAAUCAAUGAGGAAAGCCUGGCAGUCAAUGCAGAAGAUCUGUUUGGUGCUUCAGUCCUCAGUGACCAUGUAGAUGGUGCCAUACAUGUCCCAAAUGCUCUGGAUGAGGAUGGUAUUGUAGUUCCUUCUGUAUGUCCUGAACAAGCCCAAGCAAACUUAGAUCCUGUGUCUCAAGAAACAGAAGCUGCAGUGCAGGAGGCUGUGCAGCAAAUGGGUGAAGAAGACCUACUGAAAGUGUCGGAUGCACGUUUGGAAGAUCAGAUGGACUUUCAAAGGACAAUGUGGCCGGAUAUCAUGGACAAAAAUGAUGCACUAGUGAUCCACAGAGACAAAGACGCACUGUGUUCCAGUGUUUCCCAGAAGAGACACAACUUAUCCACAGAAAGUUCGCAGUAUCCAGAGUUUUACACUUGCAACUCGGAAACAGUCACGUUUCGGGACUCAGGAAGCGAUACAGAUGGAUUUCUCAGUCCUGACACUGGAGAGGAAAACAUCUUCAGAAAGGGGCACGAGGCUGUAGGUGGAGGCGACAGCACGAGCGAGGUGUCUGUCUCAUGCUCCUCCACGGACGACACGGCCAGCGUGGGACAUCCCAGCUCCUCGGCCGAAAGCUCUGAGGAGGUGCGGCAAGGAGGAGAGGCAGAAGAGGAGGCCAAAGACAGGCUGACGGAGGUGCCACUGCCUGCCUCUCUCUGCCGGUCCACCGUACGCUCCCUCUCUCCAUUACGCAGACACAGCUGGGGUCCUGGGAAGAACCAGGGAGGGGAAGAAGAAAUGAACCAGCGCAGUUCUGUACGAAGUACAGGAGAGAGAAAGCCUGUGUUUUACAGAAGAAGUCUGAGCUGGUGCCCCAGUGAACCCUGUCGAGAGCUGGAAGAAAUUAGAGAGCUCAUCAGUUAUAGUUUGGAGGGUCUAGCAGCAGGGAUUGAGGAUGGCAAACGUUGGAUACCGCAGUCCGGAGGUCCAUCCACACAUCAGCGAGGGGUUCAGAGGCAGGAAAGUGAGGAGAGGGGCUCACUGAUGUCUCUCACAGAAGAAGGUCCUGAGUCUGAUUUGGGAGAAUGCAGCAUACCAGCUGGUCAGAAAUCAAGGAAGUAUCAUCAGUUCAGACACAGUGGUCCAUCUGUGACCCUCCCCCUCAAAAAAUCAGUCUCUAUGCUUUCCAUCAGCCAACGGGACAUAGAUGGCAUGACGUCAUUCACCAGUGCCACCAGCUCAAUGGGAUACAGCAUCACAGAGGAGGAACCUGGUCCUUUAAGAGGAGAUUUUGAAAAAAAUACCACCAAAGUGAGCCGGACGUUCAGCUACUUGAAGAACAAAAUGUACAAGAAGGCCAGAGAAAAAGAAAAGGAAAAGAAUCGGGAGAAAGUCCGAGAGGCCAAAGAGAGAGAGAAGAAAUCAGUGAAUGGACACGUGUUCAGCACGUCAAACUUGCUGCAUCCAGCUUUGUGCCAGCAAUGCAACAAAACCCUCAACACUAAAGAUACUGUCAGCUGCACAAAUUGCAAUGUGAGAGUUCACAAGAGUUGUAGAGAAAACAUCCCAGUUUGUCCCAAAAGCAGAAUGCAGUUUGCUGUACCAGAGUCCACCAAUAUGCCUGCCGUCACUCUACGAACAAAAUCGUCCACAAUGCGGGAUCGUCCCUGGUCUGCUAUCUUUUCUCCAGAGGAGCAUUCGGUGAUUGCCCCGUCCAGACGAGCCACCAGUAUUAUGCCCUUCCACGGCAGCAACCUCUCGAAAAGCAUGUCCAUCAACAACAUUGCAAUGUUUGACGAUAUGCCUCUAAGAGGCAUGCGGUAUCUGUCUCAAUCCACAGACUCUCUCCACAAACCCCACAAGGUUACAGCGUCCACUGAGUCUUUAGAUGAAGGAACUGAGAUGGUUGACAGCCGGCUGAUGGGAGAGUUUGAAGCAGAUGUUAAAGAACUGGAGGCCGAUUCCUGGAGCCUUACUGUAGAUAAGAAAUAUCUGAAGCAACUCAAGAAGGACGUCAUUAAGAGACAAGAUGUCAUCUAUGAGCUGGUCCAGACGGAGAUGCAUCACCUGCGGACGUUACGGAUCAUGUCUGAUGUGUACUGUAAGGGCCUGCAGAGAGAUCUCCAGCUGGAGGUCCAGGCGGUGGAGAAGAUGUUCCCCAUGCUGGACGAGCUCCUGGAACUCCAUUCAUUCUUCUUCAGCGCUCUGCUGGAGAAGAAGAAGGAAGCAAAGCUGGAAGCAACGGACGGAUUCAUAAUCAACAGGAUAGGAGAUGUGCUGGUCAACCAGUUCUCAGACUCCAAUGCAGAAGGCAUGAAGAAAAUCUAUGGCAAAUUUUGCAGUCGACACAGUGAAGCAGUGAACUUCUACAAGGAGCUGCAUGCCAGAGACCGACGCUUCCAGGCGUUCAUCAGGAAAAAAAUGAGCAGCAGUGUUGUCCGGCGUAUGGGCAUCCCAGAGUGCAUAUUACUGGUGACUCAGAGGAUAACAAAGUACCCGGUGCUUUUACAGCGAAUCCUGCUGCACACCAAAGAGAACGAGAAGGAUUUUGAGGACUUGACGCAGGCGCUACAGCUGGUGAAAGACAUCAUCGCUUCAGUGGACAGUAAAGUGAAUGAGCAUGAGAAGAAGAAAAGGUUGAAAGAAAUCCACGGCCGUACAGACAGCAAGUCCAUCACGCGCAUGAAGAACGGUCAGAUGUUCGCCCGAGAGGAUCUGCAGCGCAGUCGCAAGCUUCUCCAUGAUGGUCCUCUCCAGCUGAAAAACGCUGCCGGACGACUGAAGGAUGUCCAUGCACUCCUUCUUUCGGAUGUCUUUGUGUUCCUCCAAGAAAAAGACCAGAAAUAUGUUUUUGCGUCUCUGGACCAGCGAGCCACUGUUAUCUCCCUGCAGAAGCUGAUCGUGCGAGAGGUGGCCCACGAGGAGCGAGGUCUCUUCCUCAUCACCGCCGGCAUCGCAAACCCCGAAAUGGUGGAGGUUCACGCCAGUUCCCGAGAGGAACGUAACACCUGGAUGCAGCUGAUUCAGGAUGCCAUGAACUCAAUACAAAAGGAUGAUGAUGAGGGGAUCCCGAGUGAAACUGAGGAAGACGGGAAGCUACUCGAAACAAAAACAAAAGAAAUGAGAGACAUGCUCCAGAGGAAGGAUGAACAGAUUGUUUCACUCCUGCUGGAGAAGAUGAAGCUUUUCCGUGAAAUGUGCGGUUCGUCCGACGACACCGCUUCGGCGGUUAAAAUGCUCUUCAGGGCCAACAACGAGGACGUGCCCAAGGGGGAACCCAUCAUGAUGGACGCUCUCAGAGAGGUGGAGAUGUUGCAGGCGCUAGUGAACAGCAGUCUGGGAGGGGUGGUGGGACAGCAGCUGGCCUGCGCUCCGGGGAACAUGGGACCCGUGUGUCUGCCACGCAGAGCCGAGACCUUCGGAGGGUUUGACAGCCACCAGAUAAACAUCUGCAAACAUGGCGACAAAGAGGAAGCUGAAGAUCUUCGGAGGACAGGAUCUGACAGUGUUCUGAAGAAGGGAGGAAACGCCAACCUGCUGCUCCUGCAGAAGAGAAACAGCGAGCAGAUCCUGACUGGUGUCACUCACCUGCAUGACCUCCUGACCUCACUUCAGGCCGUGGUGCUGCAGCAGGACACUUUUAUCGAGGACCAGCGUCAGGCCCUAAACGAGCGCACCCCGUCCCGGUCCUCCUCUCGCCCCCCCUCGCUGGUGGAGCAGGAGAAACAGCGCAGCUUGGAGCGUCAGCGUCAGGAGGCCGUCACCCUACAGCACCAGCAGGCCGUCCACGCCGAAGAGAAGCGGCGCAAGGUUAAGGAGUGGGAUGUGAAGGAGCAGGAGCUGACGGACCACGAGCUGCUGCUGCAGGUGAAGGAGGAGGAGAUGCGCAGGAGGAACAAAGAGCUGGACGAGGUGCGGCAGGAGCUGCAGGGGAGGAAGGAGGACUAUCAGAGGGAUCUAGAGAGACUGAGGGACGCUCAGAGGAGGCUGGAGAGAGAGAAGGAGCAGCUGCAGAAGGAGAUGGAGAGAGUGGAGCACCUCCGUGAGGUGGAGGCUCGACUUCAGCGCACCCCCUCCAGCACGUCAGAGGACUCCCUGAAGCUCCAGAGCAGCAGCUCCAUCGAGCGGGAGAUCUGGGAGGGAGACUUAUCGUCCAGCCCCAGGAAGAACUCUCUGUCCAGGAUAGACUCCAAACAGAAGGGCCGCAGCCUCUUCUCCCUGGGCAGCAAAACUCAGAGCCUAGAAGGCCAAAACCAGAUGCCCACACGACUGCUGCAGCUGGCUUCAUCCAAAGAGAAGAAGGACAAGAAGAAGAAGAAGAGCAAGAGCCAGCCUCCUCAGGACGCAGCAUCACAUCUGCUGCCCCUGACAGAGCCUUCAAUGGACGGAGAGAUCUUCUUCUGCUGAUUUACCCAUCAUCCCUUCUGUCUUCUAUCAAAUCAUGUAGGAAGUCACCCAAAGUGCCCUCUUCAUCUUUCUACAAUCUAAAAAUUCUCACAAAACAUGUCCAGGUCACAUUACACCGCAAAAUCAACAGAAA